AUGUGGGAUCGAGACAGAGAUCUCAUAACUUUAAAUCGGUUGGAUGAGAUCCUGAUAUUGAAAUUCGAAGACGAGAUCGCACAGAUAUCAGCCGUGACGACCCGAUCUAAGGCUAGAUCGGGAGUACGUAUUGGAUCUGAUCCAGACUCCCUACGAGAGGAAGUCGUGAGAGAGCUACGGAUCGAGCGGAUCCGGCAAGCGCAGGACGAGGAGUCGUGGGUCAUGGGGUUGAAGAAAUCCGACGGGGAGAUCCGGGAUCUGGCACAAGAAGAGGCUAAGAUGUUUGGAUCUAUUGCUAAGAAUUAUGAAGUGGAUGAGUUGGAUCUACUCUUCUAUUGCCCGACCACUAAGGAAACUGCUGCAGAUCGAGAUAAGCUGAUGCGACUGGUGAUACCUGAGACGCUUCAACAGGACAUUUUGCAUCAUUAUCACACGAGUCUACAGGGUGGCCAUCAAGGGAUCGGUCGCAUCUACGAUCGGAUCCGUGAUCAUUUCCACAGGAGAGGGCUGUAUAAGAAUGUACAGCGAUACGUGGGGGAAUGUGCCGAUUGCGAAACAGGCAAAGGACGACCCCGGAUCCAGGGCGAGUCACCUAGCGACAUACCCAUUCCAGAUCAUUGCCAUGGAUCACAUACUUCACUGCCUAGAUCCUUCAAUGGCAACACUGAAUUGCUGAUCUUCGUGGAUCUAUUCUCAGGAUAUGUGAUCGCCAAAGCCAGCGUCUCUAGAUCCGCUCAGACAAUCGCCGAGACCUACGAAGAAUGCGUCUUCCGCCGAUUUGGCGCGAGCGAGGUGAUCCGACACGAUCAGGAGCCAGGCUUUGUGUCUGACUUCUUUAAGUCUUUCAACAAGAUCCUGGGACAACACCAACGGCCUACUAUGGCGUAUCGACCCCAAGCUCAUGGAUCUGCAGAACGUAUGGUCCAGACAACUACCAGGGCUCUUAAAAUGUAUGUGGAGGAUCUAGAUCAGCGAGAUUGGGACGAGUAUGCUGAGCGACUCACCUUCGCGAUCAACAUCGGAUCCGAAGCGAAACGCCUUUCUACAUGA